UCCCUUCAAUCUUCAAAAAAAAAAUAUUUAUCUCCCUUCCAACGAUAAGAGAGAGAGAGAGAGAGAGAGAGAGAGAGAUGGCGUGUCAUCUCUCCUUUACUGCAUCCUCAGCUUUCCCACUCUGCUCUGUACCCUCAAGGAACUCCGCAAGGCUCCCAAAUGCAAAGUCAGUUGUGUUUCAAUUAAGAUCCAGCUCGGAGAAUGAGAGCUGUUCUCCUGGUGUCUCGGACCAGUCACCUGAACCAAUCCAAAAAAAGGAAUCUGAGUUGACCUCACGACGUCAGUGCAUGACGUGUUUAUGUUCAGCUAUGGUUUUGAUAAAUAUUGGCAAUUCAGUUUCUGAGUCAAAGGCAAUUUCUAUGGACGGAAGACCAGUGUGCCGGAAUUGUCUGGGUAGCGGUGCUAUAAUUUGUGAUAUGUGUGGUGGUACAGGAAAAUGGAAGGCUCUCAACAGAAAACGUGCGAAAGAUGUUUAUGAAUUCACCGAAUGUCCAAAUUGUUAUGGUAGAGGGAAACUUGUGUGUCCUGUUUGUUUGGGUACUGGUUUACCAAAUAACAAAGGUCUUCUUAGGAGGCCUGACGCGAAGCAACUGCUUGAUAAGAUGUACAACGGUCGGCUAUUACCAAACUCGUAACGGGCGUCCCAGACUUUGAGAUUAUACUUCAAGAAAAUUGGGCAAAGGGCAUGAAUUGUGCACAUGGUGGUUGUAUACCGUGCACCGCAUGCCUGGAGAUGGAAAGUUGAACGGCAAUUUUGUAGUUUGGCUGUCGAAUCGUAUUUAUGUAGUUUACAUCAUAUUCACAUCAUCUAUUUUGCUGAAGCAAUGAGAUGAUUCAUAUGUAAAUUCUUGUUUACGUGAUACAUAACUUCCUGGAUUUUCCAGGAAAACAAUAUGAAACAAACCCGAGUGCAUAACC